AUGACCGUCAUUGCAAAAGACGAUGUCAACCGUUUCUACAACGAUUUCUAUGCGUUCCUUGUCUCGUGUGGAAUCGACGGCGUGAAAACUGAUGCCCAAUUCAUGAUGGACACCUGGAAAUCGUCCGAGGCUCGUCGUGACCUCAUCGAGGAGUACCUCGAUGCUUGGACCAUAUCGACACUGAGGCACUUUAGCAUCAAGGCCAUCUCUUGCAUGUCCCAAGUACCACAGAUCAUGUUCCAUUCCUAUCUCCAACGCAACAAGCCGCCAAUUCUCUGCCGAACCUCAGACGAUUUCUUCCCGCAUGUCCCCUCGUCGCACGCUUGGCAUGUAUGGACGAAUGCUCACAACGCACUGCUGACGCAGCACCUCAAUGUUCUGCCUGAUUGGGACAUGUUCCAAACGAUGGGCGAAUUUUCUCGUUUUCACGCAAUGGCAAGGAGUGUUAGCGGUGGGCCCAUCUACAUUACGGAUGUACCUGGGCAGCAUGACCGUGCGUUGAUUGAACAGCUCACUGGGCCUACACCACGAAAUAAGACGGUCAUUUUCCGUCCAAGUGUAGUCGGAAAGACCAUCGAUGCAUAUAAUGACUAUCACGAUGACGUCCUCCUCAAGAUCGGCAGCUAUCAUGGCUCCGCUGUGGCUGGCACCUCGAUCGUUGGUGUCUUUAAUAUUUCAUCCAGACGGUUGGCGGAGAUCAUUCCUCUCAGCUGUUUCCCCGGUGUUCUCUCUUCAAUGAAGUACAUCGUCCGGAGCCACACAGGCUUGGGCAUCUCGUCUCCCAUCUCACCGAAUUCACCCUCGUCUAACGUGACGAUCUCGCUGCCCCAUGGGCCGGAAGGUUCCGACAUACUGUGCGCCUAUCCUCUAACUGACUUCGCGAGUGAGAACAACGGCACGGUCUAUACCGCCAAUCUUGGUCUUGUGAGGAAAUUUAGUGGCGCUGCCGCCAUUGUGAACAGUGACUUUGAGCUAGGCCAGACUGGAAAAGUGCAGUUGCAAACCAGACUGAAGGCCCUCGGAACACUAGGAAUUUACAUCUCGAAUCUGCCAAAGCUGACUAUCGAUGACGACUUCAUCGCCACUAUACAGGGACACAUUAUCAAGACAGAGGCCGUAACCGUCAGCAAAGAUCAUCCCCAGCUGUUGGAAAUCGAUGUUGAGGGCGCAUGGCAUGAUCUGCAGUUGAAACCAGGUUGGAGCAAUGAGGUUGAGAUUAAGAUGACCUUUCGCAUCGACCACUACGAAGAGUAG